AUGAAGAUCCCUCUGUGGUACCUGGUGGUGCUGCUGGCGUGUCUCUUCACCCCUGGACGCAGUGACUGCCAGGGGGAUUGUGUGGCCUGUGGUCUGGUCCUGCAGCAGCAGCAGCUGCAGCAAGCCUUCAACACCAUGGUGUGUUUGCUGGAGUGUGAGGGUCACGUCUCCCCCCCGCUCACGUGGGAGGUGUGCAGACGUGCCGUGAAGCUCUCGCACUAUCCCACACUUUCUGAGGGAGGCGCUCUGUUCAAGAGAACGGGAGGGGCGCUGGAGCUGACCUCUCUUGACCUGAACUCAGACAGCGAACUGCUGCAGUCUGCAGCCGCAGAGCGCUUCCAGGCGGGGGAUCAGGAUGAGGCACCCUUUGAGCAGCGCAGUGUCCAGUAUGACUCAUCACUGCUGGAAUCCUCUGAGGAGGGGGAGGGCCUGCGGGGUCUGGAUCUCAGUCUGGCGGACGAAGAGAGGCAGCCGAGGGAGGAGAGGAACGUGGAGGGCGACAGCCAGCUAGAAGGGGGCGAGGAUGACACCUCAGAGGCCGUCACCUUAUCCAAACGCUUUGGUGGCUUUCAGAGGGGGCGCCAUGGAUACAGGAAGCUGAUCGGCUCACCCGUGCGGCCCCUACAAAAGCGCUACGGUGGGUUCAUAGGCGUCCGGAAAUCUGCCCGCAAAUGGAACAGUCAGAAACGGGUGAACCAGCUGCUCAGGCAGUACCUGGGCAUGAGGAGCAGCCGCAGCGGCAGGUUCAACAACAUCCCUGUAACUCGGGUUUGGAGGCAAAACAAACUGUAA